AUGCGCUCUAAGAAGGGUUCUGGUGAUUUACAGUAGUUUGGGUGGUUGUUGUUUGUUUAUUUGUUUGUUUGUUUUACAGUUAAAUAUGAGCUUUGCAUCGCACCUCAGAUAUUCCACGUGCGGAUUUUGAACUAUUUGGACUCAUAAAAGCGAGCAUGUUGGCUUUAGUGGCCCUGACGCUGCGUUGCUCCUCCUCGGGUGUGCGGUCCUGUUCCGGAGAUGAGCGCUUGCACUAACCGGGGGAAUUUGCAUUGCGUCGCGCGCUCACGUUUCAGCGUUGGCGCUCGAGGCGGUGACGGGGCGCGUGCCUGCAACCCGGAGCGCACUGGGCGCACGAGACGCACAAACGGUCCGUUUCCCUGAGCGACGCAGCGGAUGUUUCAGCAGCUGGAGAGCCUCAGGCCAAAGGAACCGGUGCAAUAGCCAGGGCUACGGAUCCAGGGUUUAGUCCCAGCCCUCCUCCAAGAGAGCAGGAGAAGAAGGGAAGAACCUGAGAGACAGAGAGAGAGAGAGAGAGAGAGAGAGAGUCUUUAUUCCCACAGAAGGCAGGACGGGAAAGAUGGAGGACGAGAAGAGCCAGGCAGGGAGGAUGUUUGAGACCUUCGUCCAGACGUCCACCUGUAAGUCCACCCUGCAGGCCUUUAACAUCAUGUGCACGUACCUGGAGCUGGAUCCUCUGGAGCAUGACUCCUUCUACAGCAGCCUGAAGAGCAGACUGACCUGCUGGAAGGCCAAAGCGCUGUGGAGCAAACUGGACAAGAGAGCCAGUCACAAGGAGUACAAGAAAGGCAAAGCCUGCAUCGGCACAAAGUGCUUGAUAAUCGGAGGAGGACCCUGUGGCCUGCGUACUGCUAUAGAGCUGGCUUUCCUUGGUGCCAAAGUAGUCGUGAUCGAAAAGAGAGACACGUUUUCCAGGAACAAUGUUCUGCACCUGUGGCCCUUCACCAUACAUGACCUCAGAGGCCUGGGGGCGAAGAAGUUUUAUGGCAAGUUCUGUGCAGGCGCCAUAGACCACAUCAGUAUUCGGCAGCUCCAGCUCAUGCUCCUGAAGAUUGCUUUGCUUUUGGGUGUUGAGUUCCACAUCAAUGUGGAGUUUAUAAAGCUUCUCGAACCUCCAGAAGACCAGGAAAACGAGGGUCCUGGUUGGAAGGCGGAGAUCCGGCCGUCAGAUCACCCUAUAGCUGACUUUGAUUUCGAUGUUGUAAUCGGGGCUGAUGGGAGACGAAACACACUCGAAGGUUUCAGACGCAAAGAGUUCCGCGGGAAACUGGCCAUCGCCAUUACAGCCAACUUCAUCAACAGGAACACGACAGCAGAGGCCAAAGUGGAGGAAAUCAGUGGCGUGGCCUUCAUCUUCAACCAGAAGUUCUUCCAGGACCUCAAACAGGAGACGGGCAUUGACUUGGAGAACAUUGUGUACUAUAAAGACAACACACACUACUUCGUCAUGACGGCUAAAAAGCAGAGUCUUCUGGACAAAGGAGUCAUCAUUCAUGAUUAUAUCGACACAGAAGCUCUGCUCAGCAGUGACAAUGUGAACCAGGAGGCUCUGCUAUGCUACGCUCGGGAAGCUGCUGACUACGCCACACACUACCAGCUGCCCACACUGGAGUACGCCAUGAACCACCUCGACCAGCCGGAUGUAGCCAUGUUCGAUUUUACCUGUAUGUAUGCCUCAGAAAACGCCGCACUGGUCCGAGAGCGGUUUGGACAUCAGCUGCUGGUGGCGCUGGUGGGAGACAGUCUGCUGGAGCCUUUUUGGCCCAUGGGUACAGGGUGUGCCCGUGGCUUCUUGGCAGCCUUUGAUACAGCCUGGAUGAUCAAGAGCUGGGCACAGGGCAGAGGGCCACUAGAAGUGCUAGCUGAGAGGGAGAGUCUUUACCGACUGCUUCCUCAAACAACACCUGAAAAUAUCGCCAAGAACUUUGAUCAGUACACCAUAGAUCCUGGAACACGUUAUCCCAACCUCAACUCCAACUGUGUCAGACCACAUCAGGUCCGUAACUACUACAUGUGUGGUGAACUGAAGUCCUGCUCCUUGGAGCGAGCCGCUACCAUACGGCGCCCAGUUAAUCUGGCACGACGAGUAUCUGAGAUCAGGCCCAGCAGGUUGCUGACGUGGUGUCAGAAGCAGACAGAGGGCUAUCGGGGCGUCAGUGUGACUGACUUGAACUCAUCAUGGACGAGUGGCCUGGCCUUCUGCGCUCUUAUUCACCGCUUCAGAGCACACCUCAUUGAUUAUGAUUCCCUGAAUGAAGAAGACUCUGCUAAAAAUGUCCAGCUGGCAUUUGACACAGCAGAAAAGGAGUUUGGUAUCAAGCCGUUCACUACAGGCAGAGAGCUCGCAUCCGGCCAAGAGCCAGACAAGAACAGCAUGGUGACCUACCUGUCCAAAUUCUACGAGCUCUUCCGGGGAACGCCUCUGCCAUCCUCAGAUUCAAGAAGGGAAACGGAGAGAAAGAAUGAGGAAUACACUGAAAGAGCUUCUCAACCUGUUUAUAGAUCAAUGAGCUUCACACAGCCUCGGAAACGGAUCCCAAAGGACGGCAAAAAUGUCGAAGAUGAUUCUUUUUACAAAAGAAGACGGAGGACAGUCUGCAGUUUUCUGGAACAGGCGAACAACGUCUCGAGUCAAAACACAUCCUCUGAAAAGCAGGAGCUGAAAGAAAAUAAAGUCAAAUUCAUGGCUUCUCAGCUCCUGGCAAAGUUUGAGGAGAGCACUCCAAGCUGCACGCUGCGUAGGCAGGGUUCCUUGCGGAGGGAAUUCCCCCAGAGCUUGGGUGAUGUGUGUUAUGCGUGCAAGAAGCGGGUGUACGUGGUGGAGCGCUUGAGUGCCGAGGGGCUGUUCUUCCACAGAGAGUGUUUCCGCUGUGAUACCUGUAGCGCUCCUUUAUGUCAGGGUGGACAGGCUUUCGACUCGGAACAGGGAAAGCUGUACUGCAAGCUCCAUUUCUCUCAGCGUAAAUGUGCUGUAAAGCGUGGCAGGAUCUUGGAGCCACAGAUGCCAUCUGAGAGCACCGCACAGAUAAGUGCGUCUCCGAGUUCAGACGAGAGUGACAGCACCUCUGCGCAGUCUCCAGGUACUUUGCCCUCUGUGCUGAGGAGAAGCCUGCUCUGGCCGCUGCACGUGAGCCGGGCUGUGUGUGCCACGCCCCGUCGUGUUUCUAACUGGCUGGGUGGGAAGGUUCAGGCUCUGGGCCAGCACUUCAGGGAAAACGCAGAUGACUACACCAUGCUGUACGAGCUGCUGAGCGUGGGCUUGCCCCUACUCGUGGCACUCCACGAAAUCCUGCUGCAGAUGCAUGCCGAGACCGGACCUCUCAACCUGCAGCUCCUGCAGCAGUGGCUCGAGCAGCACCUGGGCCACGGGUUCUUCACAUAGGGUUAAAGUUUUUAUUAUUUACCUCCCGUUAUUGAAAAUAAAUGUUCCAGCACUCUGAAAACUGAUGGUUAGCUGAGAAUACGAAUAUUUUUGACUAGAAGGUGAACCUUUUGUUCACCUGACAUGCUGUAUGAACUUCGAGAUGACUGCUGCUCAUAAAUUUCCUUUUCCUGAAAGCUGGGAAUUGAACAGUUGGUCUUGGAGCAAUUUCUUUGCCGUUCUCAUGUUACAAAAGUUCUCAGAAUGUUCGAAAAAGGAAGGGCAAAAGGGAAAAAUUUGAAAACUGAACUUAAAGCACUUUAAUGAGUGAGCUGCCUGGGAUUGUGCCCAUGUAGGAUUGGGAGCAAUGUUUUCUGCAUGAUUUGUACAAUAACUGAAUCUAAAAUGAUUGUGCAUGUGCAUCUGUGUGUGUGUGUCCAUGUGUGUUUGUUUGCUGCAAGUUUUUACUGACAGAAAACUGAACUGAAUCUGCCUUUGCUUUCGUGCAAUGAACCUGCCAAACCAAACAGGGUGUUCUCAUCUGAACCAUCCUCACAUUCCACUUACUGAUACUGAAUGUUUACACAUUUCAUCAUGAGAUUCAAACGUCUGGUAGAUACACUUUUCUCUCUUAAUGCCUCUUGCUUCUAAUUAAUGGUUUGUCAAUUUCAAGUUAUUUUCCACAGUCCACUGCUGAAUAGCCAGCAAGUGGCUUAGUGGUUAGCGUGUCCGCCUCUCGAUCAGGAGAUCGCGAGUUCUACUCGUGGUCAGGUCAUACCAUCAUAAAAAUUGUGCCUACUGCCAUCUGGCAAGGCACGCUGCAAUACAGAUGCGGGUGGGGAGUCAAACUCUUACAGUUACCAGAGGACUAGCCCCCCACUAUAACCCUAGCUAUGUAAUAUAGGCGAGAGGCCGAGGGCUACGAAACGGAGAUUGGCGCUGCCAAACGUGCCAUAAAGAAUGGUGUGGGAAGGACUAUGACUGCUGAAUAUAAUGAAAAAAAAAACUAAACACAGAUGGCAUGGUUGAGUGUUUUUUUUUGUUGUUGUUGUUUUGUUUUUUGUACAUCACAGACACAGAACUGUGAUGUGCUCACAUACCAGUGCCAUCUUUCAUUAGCUAACUUUGACUUUUAUAGGCUAGAGGAAAUUCAGUGUAUACACAGUAGACGCACAGAUUUAGAGUGUGGCUCGUGGCAUGCUCAAAAUUGCACAUAGUCAAACCUGAAGCGGCACAUACUGUACAUGUUUUUAGAGACGGAUCUUUUUCAUCAUUGCAAUAUAUCAGGGGUGUCGAACUUCCUCAGUUAGGUUUUCCAAUAUUCUGGCGAGUCUGUAACCUCAGAUCAGUUUUCAGCUGACUGAAGUGGAACCUGAUCUGGUCUUCUGCGCUUGUAGCGCAUCUGCAUAAAGAUUCAACAUGUUCUGAGAUGCUUUUCUGCUCACCACGGUUGUAAAGUGUAGUUAUUGGCUCAUCCGACCAACAAACGAUGAACUUGUACCAUCACGUGUCGUCUGUUGUUCGUCCAGCGGCGUCCACGUUGCAUGAAAAUCACUUCUUCUCUCUCAAUUCUUCACUGAUUUUUAUUCUUUUUGGCAGGAAGGUACCGUAGGUCUGCCUGGGGUGCAUAUGGCUUCUCCCCAAAUUUGCAUAAUUGCAAUUAGUAAUGAAGAUAUGGAGUAAUUAAGUCCUAACGAGCAGUUUCCACACAAAUCGCUUUCUCAAUUCUUCACCGAUUUUGAUUCUUUCUGGCAAGAAGGUAGGGGUACCUAGAGUCCAUAUAACUUCUACUCACUCCGGCCUCGUCUAGUCCAAAAGGAACGCUCUAAAGUGGGCCACCUUGCACAGUUCUACUCUCAAAUAUUUGAGCUGGGCUGGUUGAAAGUAGGACUCUGCACAAGGUGGCCCACUUUAGAUCGUUCCUUCUGGACUUGACGGGGCCAAAGUGAGCGACGCCAUCAUUGACGGUCUCAUUUGACUUACUGUAGACUUCAGGUCAGGACAAACUGGUUCUGGUUAUCCUCCUCUGACUUCUCUGUCAUCAACAAAACAUUUCCAUCCAAAGAUCUGCCACGUAGAGGAUUCUUUUGCUGCUGUUUUUUUUUUUUUUUGCCCCAUUCUGUUUACAUGCCACAGAUUGUUGUGCAUGAAAAUCCCAGGAAAUCAAAUGCUCAAAUCAGAUCAUCACGCUACUCAAAAAUCACUGAAGCUCUUGUAUGUGUUACAACCUGGAACUGAAUUGGGUUGACAUGUUUUGAGCAGAGAAAUGCUCAAGAAGAAUCUUGCUAACAAGGAAUUACAUAUGGUUGACACCCCUGCAUGAUAUAGUGUUAAUGGACUGUUUUGUGUAUGCAGUCUGAACGCACUGAACAUUUUACAACUCUGUAGACCUGUUUUCUAUGAAGAUUUGUAUUUUUAUACACUGGAGGGUAUAUAUAUAGUUUGUACUGUUCCGUUAUGUACCUUUCUCUUAUUUGUUUCGUGUUUAAUUUCAAGGCAUUGAAACGAAACGCGCAGAAAGUGCAUGUUAUUAACCUCACACUGUGUGGCAUUUAUAACCGAAUUUGAUCUGCUUAUUCAUAUUCCAUGUUUCUUCUCUUUCCUGUUAUUCACUUGUAGUCUUUCUCGACCUGUCUGCUGUGUCCACACCUGACAUGCUCUGAGUCACUGACAGACUCAAGGUGAUCACCCACACGCUUCCACGAUGGUGUGUCUAGAAAGCAUGACGGCAUGCACACAUGCACUGCAUAAAAGAAAUCACGUGCAUGGUAAACGUAUCUGAGCUACAUCAGCUCGUAACAGCUCAUUUCCUGUCUGCAGGGGUUGUUUAUUCUGAGUAUCAUUGUUUGCACAGCAGCUACGGUGAUGUGUUUUGGAUCUGCAUUUGAUGUGUCAUUGCUGGGAAAGGCAUGCCUUUAAGACACGGCACUCCCUUUCAGCUUUUGGACAUUACUCGAGGUUGUGACUAAGAGGAAUGUUCUUCCUGUGUUUUUCCACAGAGCAUCUUCACUACAUCUUUUAUUUAUCCUUGUUUCUCAGGCUGCUCUGAUUAACGAAACCCAUCAACAGAUCCUUCGUGCCUCUGCAGAUGUUUAAUCAGAAUAGCACCUUUUACCUGACAUGUUGCAAAACUGUAUUAAGGAAAAAAAAAAUUAUUUUUUUUUUUUUGCUUUAUUUAUGCCAAGCCAUAUGAAUUUAAUAAAUGAGA